UGAAUUUACAUAACUAGCCUUCUUCACAGCCAAUUUAAUCUUCCUCCUCUCAUAUCUCAAACUACUCUCCAUCAGCUAAGCUUGCUACGUUUUCUUUCAUCCAACAAGAACAAAUGGCCGAUGCAAUCCUGUAUGGCCUUGUACGGAAGAUCAUUGAAAGCUUGGGCUCUGCCACUCUCGAUCAGAUUGGAUCGAUCUGGGGUGUCAACGAUGAGCUCGAAAAAAUGAACAACACUGUUCUCACUAUUCAAGCUGUGCUUCAGGAUGCAGAGGAGCAGCAGGUCCAGAACAAACAAGUCGAGCACUGGCUCAACAGGCUCAGAGAUGUAGUUUUUGAUGCAGAUGACUUGCUGAGCGAGUUCUCCACUCAUGUGCUUCAGCGUAAGGUGAUGGGUGGUGAUAAAAUGGCAAAGAAGGUACGUAUUUUCUUUUCAAGAUCAAACCAACUUGUUUUUAGUUUUAAGAUGGCUCGCAAAAUAAAGGCUACGAGGGAGAAGCUUAAUGAUAUAGCAACUGAUUGGAAAAAAUUUCACUUGAAGUUGGUAGAGCGUCCUUUAAAGAUACAGGAUGUGACUAGGGACAGGGACCAAACUUACUCAUAUAUAGGUGAAGAAGAAGUCAUUGGGAGAGAAGAGGAUAGGAAGGCCAUCGUAGAUCUAUUGUUGGACUUUGAUGUGAAAGACAAUGUCUCAUUCAUAUGCAUAGUGGGGAUUGGAGGGUUGGGGAAAACCACACUGGCUCAAUAUGUAUACAAUGAUAAAAGUGUCAAUGAUUAUUUUGAUUUGAAGAUGUGGGUGUGUGUAUCUGAUGACUUUGAUGUUAAAAAAAUUACUGAAAAGAUAAUUGAAUCUGCAACUAGAACAAAACCUGAAAAUCUUGGGAUGGAUCCAUUGCAAGAUAAACUCCAGGAUCAACUCAACCAAAAGAAGUACUUGCUUGUAUUGGAUGAUGUUUGGAAUGAGAAUGAAGAGCGCUGGUGUAAUUUGAAAAGACUUUUGAUGGGUGGUGCAAAGGGAAGUAAGGUGUUGAUAACUACAAGGACUAAACUGGUUGCAGAGAUUACCAGCACAAUCAAGCCGCCGUAUUUUCUAAGUGGCCUGCCAAAGGAUAAAUCUUGGAGUUUAUUUAAACGAAUGGCAUUCGGAGAAGGACAAGAUACCACUGAUCCUGAUCUUGAAACAAUUGGAAUGGACAUUGUAGGAAAAUGUCAAGGAGUGCCUCUUGCUAUAAAGACAAUAGGGAGAGUUUUAUAUUUUGAAACAACAGAAGCUGGAUGGUUAGAUAUCAAGAAUAAUGAACUUACAAAUGUAACUCAACCAAACAAUGGUAUUUUACCGGUUCUAAAAUUGAGUUACGAUCAUCUUCCAUCAUAUUUGAAGUGUUGUUUUGCAUAUUGUUCAUUGUUUCCUAAAGAUUAUGUAAUUGAUAAGUUGACAUUGAUACAAUUAUGGAUAGCACAAGGAUUUAUUCAAUCACAAGAAAAGAACAAACAAUUAGAGGAUAUUGCCAAUCAGUACUUCAUGGAUUUACAUUGGAGGUCCUUCUUUCAAGAAGCAAAAGAAGGCGGCGGCAUGAAUAUGAUGAAGUUUAAGAUGCAUGAUUUAAUCCAUGAUCUUGCACAAUCAGUCUCAAAGAGUGAGUUUACUCUGGUUGAUUCUAAUGUAAACAAUGUCAAUGAAAAAGUUCGUCAUCUCUCAUUUUCAAUUGACAAUGUUUCAUUUAUUAGGGAGAAUUUAAGCACAUUGGUUAAAGCAAAUAAGAUGCGAACAUUUAUUUUGGCAUGCGAUCCUUGGGUUGUUAAAGGGGAAAUAGUGGAAGAUUCAAUUCUCAAACCACUUAUUUCUAGUUUUAAAUACUUGCGUGUGUUAGACCUACAUCAGUUAAGAAUGAAGACAUUGCCAAAUACCAUUGAUAAGUUGAUGCAUCUGAAGUACCUUGAUCUCUCCGAUAAUGAAAUUGAAGUUCUCCCUAGUUCUAUAACUAGAUUAGUGAAUUUGCAAACAUUAAAGCUCUCUUACUGUACUAAUCUUAAGGAGUUACCAGCUAACAUUCAAAAAUUGGUCAGCCUCAAGGACCUUAACAUAAAAGGUUGCAAGAAUUUGACUCAUCUGCCACGUGGAUUUGGGCAAUUGACUUCUCUUCAAACAUUAAAUCUCUCUACGUGUGUGAUGCUAAGAGAGUUACCAGCUGACAUUCAAAAAUUGGUCAGCCUCAAGCACCUUAAAAUAAAUGGUUGUAAGAAUUUGACUCAUAUGCCAUGUGGAUUAGGGCAAUUGACUUCUCUUCAAACGUUAAACCUUUUUGUUGUGAGUAAGGGUUCUUCCAAGCAUUGCGGUGGGCUAGCGGAAUUAAACAAGCUAAAUGACUUGAGAGGAAAAUUAGAGAUUAAAAUUUUGGCAUGGGUGAAAGAUGCUUCCUCAGAAUUCAAAGCAGCAAAUUUGAAGGAGAAGCAGCAUCUCAGUGAGUUGAAAUUAAGAUGGAAUUUGGAGGGUGAUGAUGCCGUAGAUACCUGUGAUGAUGAAAAUUCCAUGGAUGGCCUCCAACCACAUCAAAGUUUAAAAUCUUUGGAAAUGGAGGGGUACAUGGGUGUGAGAGUUUCAAGUUGGCUUUCAUUCUUAACAAAUCUCGUUGAAUUAACUAUACACAAUUGUAAGAAGUGCCAAUAUUUGCCACCGUUGUAUAAACUCUCAACUCUCCGAAAACUACAUAUUGAGUGUAUGGAUGGUCUGGAGUACAUGACAGACGGGGAUAUGAAUGAUGAGAUAUCUGCUUCACUGGCAUCACCAUCAACAUUUUUCCCAUCCCUUGAGGAUCUCUAUAUCUAUAAGUGUCGAAAUCUAAAGGGAUGGUGGAGGAGUGUGGAUAAGGGGAAUGAGGCAACAACGACAUCAACAAUAUCAUCAUCAUCAUCAUCAUCAACUAAUCACUAUCACCAACACAUACCUUCCUUUCCGCGUCUUUCUCUCUUUCAUUUCUGGUAUUGCCCUAAUGUGACUUGCAUGCCGCUAUUUCCAAAUCUUGAAAAAGAGCUUUGGUUGGAAAAUAGCAGUUUGAAGCCGUUGGAAGAGACAAUAGAGAUGAAUAAUAGGGGAGUAAGGGCUUCUUCAUUUCCGUCCUCUUCCUCUUCCUCUUCCUCCUCCUUCUCCCCUCCUCUCUCCAAAUUAAAGAAAUUGCAGUUGAGUCUGGAGUUGGAGUCUCUGCCAGAGGAGUGGUUUAAAAACCUAACUUCUCUUGAGACAUUAAUCAUUUGGGAGUGUCCCAAUCUGACGUCACUUCCCGAAGGGAUGAGUCACCUUACCUCUUUACAGAGGUUGGAAAUCUGGAGAUGUCCCCAAUUAAAGCAAAGAUGCGAGAAGGAAAAUGGAGAGGAUUGGGAUAAGAUUUCUCACAUCCCAAAUCUUUACAUCUCAGAUAGUAUAUUUUGAGAAAAGUUGAACUACUGCAUACGCUUCCCUGAAAGAACAACAAGAUUUCAAAUGGGAAGAAGAAAGCAGAUAUUUUGAAGCGCAAAGCAAACAUUUGAAAGGGUGUUAGCAAGAACAGGGGACGAUUGGUAAAAACUUCUCACAUCCUAGAGAGAGACCUGUGAACUGUGAAGGUCUGAGAAGAAUGUGAUUUACAAGUGCAGUGGUUCCUAGCAGAAACCUUGUAAAACAGGUUUCAUCAUGGGCAGUGAAUUUGAGAAACAAGACAGCGACAUCAUUUCAAAUUUUCUUGAAUUAUUGGGCUUUGAUGGUUUAAUUGGUUUUGAAAGUUCUAUGGAAGAAGAAUGUCAUGAUAUUGAUGAGGCAAGCUUGUUGUAUAGGAGGAGAAUUGGGUCAAAGAUGAUGGGAUUUAAAGAGAAGACAGCCCUCAUGACUGCUACCAUGUUUGAAAGCAAGGGUGUGUUGAAUUAUAUUCUGGAAACCAGUUUUAUUGAUGUUAACCAAGCUUCUGGUUUGGACGGGUUUCUGCACUUCAUUUUUGUUGCUGCUGUGGACUUUGCUAUUUAAGGAAAGGAUGGAGAAGCACACUUUGCUGCUUCUAGGAAGCACUCAGAGGGAAGAGGACAGCAAGAGGGAAAUCACUGUGAUCGUGGCAUGUAUUGUAGAAGAAGAUGGAGAAGUCAUUAUGGAUUUAGAGCAAACAAAUGAGCAAGAAACGCCAGGUAUCUCACUGCAUGCCAUUAGUGGUGACCAAUGCACCCAAGGCGAUGAAGGUGUUGCACUACAAAUCCACAGACCUUUUCCUAUGAUUUUGGGGUAGAUUGUACUGUUUGAAGAAGAGAUUGCGAGUUGGUCAUUAAUGACAUCAGGAAUCUUACUGCAAUAAUGAUUAGGUUUAAGCAUUUAAAGGUUGAGAUCAGGCUUAAGGAAUAGCUAAAUGUGCUUAGAAACAUUGUAGAACAAAUGCAAAAAGGAUAACACGGAAGAAGAGGAAGAGAGAGAGAGAAUAUUGUCUUGGAAUUACAAGAAGGCCUUUUUGGAGUUUCGACUACAAAAUAAUUGCAAGAAUCUUAUUGUCAGUGGGGUGCAACCACUAAAAACUCUUAAUUAUCCAUAUCUUGCUUACAUAAAUGUCGACAACAUCUGCAUAGUGUUUAUUUUUCUGCUGAUGUUUUGGAUGAUUUAUUUACCAUUUCAUAUUUGAAACACACACACACACAUGGGGAUUGGUAAAAAUUGAAAGGGUGCCAGCAGGAAACAGAGGACAAUUAGUAAAAAUUGCCCACCUAGAGUUUGGAGGGAAUGAACCUAUCCAUCAGAGUUGGUGCUUUUUCAAAAAUAGGGCUCUGUAAUUGUGCAACAAGUCAACUAUUGAAGCAUGGGGAAAUCAAGGUUUUAUAGUUUACAAUCGUAGCUUGGUUCAAAGAGUUGAAAUUAUAAAAGUAAUGAACAAAGGACUAUAUAUAUGACAAAAUCAAGGUUAUAUUGUCUUUUAGGUUCCAUCCAAAGUGACUCCUUUCCUGUCAUCCUUAGAGUUCUAAAAUUUAAGAUUUCUUCUUGAUUUUGUGUUGCAUUAAAGAUUUAUAGGCCUUUCCCAAUGAGUUUGGAUCUCAUAACAGUGAUUAUAGUUUUAGAAGAAAAGAAUGUGAGUUGGUAUUAAACGGCAUCUGGCUUUGUUCUGCCAUAAUAAUCAGAAGUGUUAAGGAUUUUAAAUUUGAGAUUGGGCUUGAGGAGUAGCUGGUUCUGGCUAAAGUUCUGCUGAGCAAAGUGUGUGUGUGUGUGUGUGUGUGAGGAAGAAGAAGAAGAAGAAUCACAGUAAUUUUAGCUUUACAUAAGAAAUUACAGCGAAAAUUGCUGGAGCUACUGGCAUGGAUUUUGUGUCCAAGAAAUUGAAGCUGCUUAUACAUGGGCAGAUUCUAUAAAUGGAUGGGAGUUCCUUCCUAUGCAUUCGAGUGCAAGAUAUGCACAUUAUGUUACAAACAUUGAUUUCGCGUAGAAACCUUCUGAAACAAGGUUUCAUCAUGGGCAGUGAAUUUGACAAACAAGACAGUUUGCAAAAAUCUUUUCAAUUUUUCUUGAAUUAUCAAACUUCGAUGAUUUAAUUGGUUUCAAAAGUGAUGUGGAGAAAAGAAUGGCAUGAUAUUGGUGAGGCAAGCUUGUGGUAUGGGAGGAGAAUUGGGUUCAAAGAUGAUGGGGUUUGAAGGGAAGACAGCCCUCAUGACUGCUACCAUGUUUGGAAGCAAGGUUGUGUUAAAUUAUAUACUGGAAACCAGUUGUUGCUGUUGUGGACUUUGCUAUUUCAACUGAGGUUGUUAAGCUCUUGCUUGAUGCUUCUCCACUUCAUUUUGUAUAUUGUUGCAUACUGUUGACUAUGUACGGUACUCCUUGUUCAUUUUAUUCCUGCUGUUUCUUUGCUUUGUUAUAGUAAUUGUCUUUACGUAAUAUUGUGUAAUAGGACAUUUAUUC